GAUUUGAUCUUUUUACCUCAAACUUGGAAACUGUUCAGCGGGAGCAACGGUACGUGAGACCACACAGCUGGCUGGAGCCCCUCUAUGACCAAAGGACAGACGGACAAACAAGAUGUAUUGUGAGAGGUUUAUAUGCAUCCUGAGAAUACUUGGAACCACACUCUUUGGGGUGUCCCUCCUGCUAGGAAUCACCGCUGCUUACAUUGUGGGCUACCAGUUCAUCCAAACAGACAACUACUACUUCUCCUUUGGACUCUAUGGUGCUAUCCUGGCAUCACAUCUCAUCAUCCAAAGCCUGUUUGCCUUUCUAGAGCACAGGAAAAUGAAGCGGUCGCUAGAGACUCCAAUCAAACUGAACAAAACAGUUGCCCUUUGUAUUGCUGCCUAUCAAGAGGAUCCUGACUACUUAAGAAAAUGUUUACUUUCUGUGAAAAGAUUGACCUACCCUGGAAUUAAAGUUGUUAUGGUCAUUGAUGGGAACUCAGAAGACGACGUUUACAUGAUGGACAUUUUUACUGAAAUCAUGGGUAGGGACAAAUCUGCCACUUAUAUCUGGAGUAAUAACUUCCACGAUAAAGGUCCGGGCGAGACGGAGGAGUCUCACAGAGAAAGCAUGCAACAUGUAUCUCAGCUGGUCCUGUCCAACAAAAGUGUUUGCAUCAUGCAGAAAUGGGGUGGAAAGAGAGAAGUAAUGUACACAGCAUUCAAAGCACUGGGGAGAAGCGUGGAUUAUGUACAGGUCUGUGAUUCAGAUACAAUGCUUGAUCCAGCCUCAUCAGUGGAGAUGGUAAAGGUUUUAGAAGAAGAUCCGAUGGUUGGAGGAGUUGGAGGUGAUGUGCAGAUUUUGAACAAAUACGACUCUUGGAUCUCCUUCCUGAGCAGCGUGAGAUACUGGAUGGCAUUUAACAUAGAGAGAGCCUGCCAGUCCUACUUUGGCUGUGUACAGUGCAUCAGCGGACCUCUGGGGAUGUACAGAAACUCUUUACUCCAUGAAUUUGUGGAAGACUGGUACAAUCAAGAAUUUAUGGGCUCCCAGUGCAGCUUCGGAGAUGACAGGCAUCUAACUAACAGAGUGCUAAGUUUGGGCUAUGCAACAAAAUACACAGCUAGAUCCAAGUGCCUUACUGAAACACCAAUAGAGUAUCUCAGGUGGCUGAAUCAGCAGACUCGCUGGAGUAAAUCCUACUUUAGAGAGUGGCUUUAUAAUGCAAUGUGGUUCCACAAGCACCAUUUGUGGAUGACCUAUGAAGCUGUAAUCACUGGAUUCUUUCCUUUCUUCCUUAUUGCCACAGUCAUUCAGCUCUUCUACAGGGGAAAAAUCUGGAACAUCCUCCUCUUCUUGUUGACAGUUCAGUUAGUGGGCCUGAUAAAGUCUUCCUUUGCCAGCUUCCUUAGGGGCAACAUUGUCAUGGUUUUCAUGUCGCUCUACUCAGUGUUGUACAUGUCAAGUUUACUGCCAGCAAAGAUGUUUGCGAUUGCCACAAUAAACAAAGCAGGGUGGGGCACGUCAGGAAGAAAAACCAUUGUAGUUAAUUUUAUAGGACUCAUUCCAGUCUCCAUUUGGUUUACAAUCCUCCUAGGUGGCGUGAUUUUCACUAUCUACAAGGAAUCAAAAAAGCCAUUUUCUGAGUCAAAACAGACAGUUCUCAUCAUUGGCACAAUACUCUAUGCAUGUUACUGGGUGAUGCUCUUGACUUUGUACCUGGUUCUUAUCACCAAAUGUGGCAGGCGGAAGAAAGAACAACACUAUGACAUGGUGCUAGACGUAUGAUGUUUCCGUGGGGAGUCACCCAGAGAGCUGUAAAGCAACCCAACGACCUUGUAGUAUCUGUGUCGUCAGGUGAAUGUUGCCAAGGGAAAUGGAUCAUUGCUGCUGGGAAUAGGACAUUUAUAUUCCUCUGGGUUCAUUUUCAUCCUGCCAAAGUAAGAAGAACAAAAUGAUGAAAAGUGAUUUUUUUGUUGUUGUUGUUUGUUUGUUUUCCAAGGGGAAAAGAGGCAAACUGUACAUUUUCAACCUGUUCGCAAGAAAAUGGGAGAGCUUCUAUGUUUAUGCACUUUUUCAUUGUGCAUAUGCCUGACAGUGUUACAUUCUAUAUACCUCACUGGUCAUGCUUAUGUGUGUGGACAGGAAAGAAAGGAGUUUGGAGAAUCAAGAAAAGGAUCUUAUAACCCCUUGACUUAUGACCUAAUUUAUGAGUUUCUCUUUUGUUUUGUUUUGUUUUUAUAGUUCUGUUUAUAGGAAGGGUCUUUUGUGUUAGGCUGGCAAACAUAAUGCCAAAGUUAAUUUUUUAAGAUGCCGUUGGCUGAGCUGUAUUUUUAUAUUAUUGUAUUAUUUUUUUGUGUGUGUAUUUUUAA